GGGAAAUAAAGAUUAAGAGCCAGGGAAGCAACCUUCACACACAGAGCCAGCCGCACACAGAGAUCGACUGCAUCCAGGAAGGUGUCCUGUGGCCUGAACCCACAAGAUGCCAAGUGAAGAGCCUCCCUCCAUCUACGGGUACCCCAAGAGAGGGCAUGGCCACUCCUACAUCACUGCUGGAGGGGCCAUGGGGCUUGGCCUUCUGACGGUGAUCCUGGGAGUUUUACUGCUCAUCGGCUGCUGGUAUUGUAGAAGACGAAGUGGAUACAGAAUCUUGAAGGACAAAAGCCUUUAUGCUGGUACUGAAAGUACUUUAAUUGGAAGAUGUCCACGUGUGGGGCUUGGUCACCCAGCCAGCAAACUGCCUUUUCAAGAAAACAAUUGUGAACCUGUAGUUCCCAACGCUCCACCCGCCUAUGAGAAACUCUCUGCAGAACUGUCACCACCACCUUAUUUGCCGUGAGAACCAGCAAGGCCCCUGAAAGAUGCUGAAAUAAUUUCCCUCACACUUUUGCUUAAAUUUAAUAUGGACAUUUAAUGUUCUGCCUCAGAAUGCUGUAGAAACAGUGUACAUCAUCUCUAAUAAUAAACUUAGUUUUAAAUUCUCAGUAGGGCAACUAGCAAUACUAAUUGAGGAAAUGAUGAACAAUAUUAAAUUGGAAAAACUUUGUCAAUAAACAUUGUAAGGCAUUA